UUAGUUAUUGCCCAUAUCUCCUGCUUCACCUUCUUCUUGUGUACUGUGGUCUUAGAAACUUUGAGCCCGGAAUUAGUCUCUUAAUUCCUUCCAGACUUUGUGUGUGUCCUGCUCUCCGUGGCACACGAACGUGAUUGUAGGUGAGAGCAAGUUAUCUGGAAGGAAUGAUGCAGAUGAUUGAAGGUGCUGGAUGUAGGAAGUGAGACUUCUGGAUAAGGCUGAACAGUGACUGUUUGGAGGCGUCGUCAGCGAGAAAGGAGAAGUGUCACACCUCAAAACGGGGAUGGGGGGCACGCCGGCAUCCAGUGCGGACAGCCGGCAUCCAGUGCGGACAGUUGGGGGAGGCCGAUCUGGAAAUGUCGACUGGGGAUCACGAGCUGCUGUUUGAGGGCUUUUUGAGGAAGAGAAGGGAUAAGAUGAAGCUGAAGUGGGUUACAUACUUGUUUCGCCUGGAGAGCACGUGUCUCAGCUUCUAUACGAAGAAGAAUGAGUAUUCCACACAUCUCAAGGGCCGGUAUGACUUGUGUGGAGUGAAAUCUGUGCGUGAGAUAGACAGGAAUGAUAACAAGCAUUAUGUUUUUGAAAUCAGCUUGAAAAACGGGAAGAAGAAACUGCUGGCGGCCGACUCGGCGUACUUGAGGCAGUGCUGGAUGGACCGUCUGUGGAGGGCCAUACAGCUUUCACCCUAUUGCUCCCCAGACCCAGCUUUCGCCCGGUGGGGAGGGGGAGAGGUAAAACGGCCCCCCCGGAGCGCUACUACAAACUCUCGUCACAGUACAGGACAGCUAAUGGACAGUCACUCCACUUUUGGACAUUGGGACUCGACGGGAACCAGCAAAAGACACACACUGGAAUCAGAAGUGAUGUACCAUAACAACAAGCUGGAAUUCUGUGGCCAAGAGGAAGGAGGACGAUCAUGUGACCGAAACAAUUCUUAUUAUGAAACUGUAGCACCGGGGACAAGUAAGCAGAGUGUCUACGAAAGCACUUACUGUAAGCCGGACUAUGAAGAGGCAGUAGAAAGCAACUACGACACGCCGUUACACAGAGCAGACACAAAGGGCAAUGCUGUCACCGCCAGGGAGGACGAGGAGGCAGAAGCCAUCUAUGACGUCCCAGUAUCUUACAGGAAGGUGAACAACUUCUGGUCAGAGGGCAUUUACGACGUCCCAAAACCUCUGCUGUGGACCAUGUCUGCACAGAGCCUUGAUGACAUCUGUGACGAGGAAAGGUCACCACAUGACACCUUUCUGUACGAUCAGGUGGUUGGGGACAGAAGAAGAUAUUCAGAUUCCUGACUGGCAGGAAGGGGACACUGUGGUCAGACAAGGGUGGGGAGGACUGGGGGAAUAGCAGAUCAGCUCAGACCCUGAAUGAGAAUAAUCCAGUGCUUCAGUUCUAUCAGAGUAUAACCUUCAAGGUUUUACUUAAUGUGUCCAAAUAAUUAUGGGGCUGAAUUACAGGGGAAUCAGCACCAUUUAAUACCCCAUAAAACCUUUACUGAUCUAUGUUGAUGAUCUGAAAUAUUAGUUAUUGGCUGUAAUAUUUUUAUUUUUAACUACUUUAUUUGGGUGUGUUUCUUAUGCUGCAAGACAUAUUAUCUUUCUUUUUGAGCGCUAGGGUUGCAGUUCUCUGGGACUUUGCAUAUAUCCUCUCCAUGGUGUACAGUGACACAUUUAAAAUAAUUGUAUUGGUUUGAAGAAUGUAACAAGACCAGAGACGGA